AUGGCGUCCGACUUGACAAACGAGAUUUUGGGCGCCCUGUCCGCGUCCGAUGCGCCCAUCCUUUCCAGCGAAGCCUUCCCCUCCACCCCCUCAUUGAACGUUAAGAGUGCGCUCGACCGUCUUGAUUCGCGACAGAUGGUCCAAUAUGAAACCCUAGAGAAGGAAAUUGUUACCCUCACUGCCGAGGGCCAGGAGAUUGCUGCCAAUGGCAGUCACGAGGCCAAGGUCUUCGCCGUGGUGCUUGCUGCCAUGGAUGGAUUGAAGAUCUCCGACUUGCCAGGAAUUGUGGGCAAGGAGAACGCCAAAGUUGGCCAAGGAAACGCUUUCAAGCGUGGUUGGAUUAAGAAGGAUAAGGAUUUGCUGCGGGCAUCCACAGACUCCAUUGUCGACGAGACGCAACAGCAGCUGCUUGAGGUUCAAAAAACAAAGUCUCUAGGCGAUAAAAAGGCCAUGCUUGACCUCAAGCGGAGAAAGUUGGUGGGUCUGGCAAAGGAGAUUUCUUUCAAGAUCAGCAAGGGUCCCAAGUAUGCCCGAGAAUUCGUCAAGGAGCAGACCGACCUCACCCCGGAGAUGAUCGCCAAUGGCUCGUGGAAGACGGCGCAUCUCAAGCCCUACAACUUCAAUGCUAAGGGUGCUCCGACUCCAGCUGGUGCCCUUCACCCGCUGAACAAGGUCCGCCAAGAGUUCCGCAACAUCUUCUUCGACAUGGGCUUCGAGGAGAUGCCGACCAACCGCUUCGUCGAGACCGGCUUCUGGAACUUCGACGCCCUGUUCGUGCCCCAGCAACACCCCGCCCGUGAUCUCCAGGAUACUUUCUACAUCUCCGACCCUGCUGUGGCAGACCCUCCUCGUGAGGAUCCCCCAAUGACCCCCACGUCCGAGCUCAAAACAAGUCCGAGAAGCCCCUCGACUUCCAAAAAUACUGGGACAACCGCGGAUGAGUCGCUCCGCCUGGUCCUCCGCACUCACACCACUUCCAUCUCGACCUACAUGCUGCACAAGCUGGCUGCCAACCCUCGGCCGGCUCGCUUCUUCAGUAUCGAUCGUGUCUUCCGAAAUGAGUCCGUCGAUGCUACCCAUCUGGCAGAAUUCCACCAGGUCGAGGGUGUCAUUGCUGACUUCGGUCUGACACUCGGUGGUCUGAUUGGAUUCAUGGAAGUCUUCUUCGCCAAGAUGGGCAUCCACAAGCUGCGCUUCAAGCCUGCCUACAACCCCUAUACCGAGCCCAGUAUGGAAAUCUUCGGCUACCACGAUGGUCUCGGCAAGUGGGUUGAGAUCGGUAACAGUGGCAUGUUCCGACCAGAGAUGCUGGAGGCUAUGGGUCUGCCUAAGGACCUGAGAGUCUACGGAUGGGGAUUGAGUCUGGAGAGACCCACUAUGAUCAAGUACGCCGUCAGCAACAUCCGUGAACUCCUCGGUCACAAGGUUGAUUUGAACUUCAUUGAGACCAAUCCGGCCGUCCGUCUCGAUAAGGAUUAA